ACUCUACCCAGGAAGUCGUCGUGUUACUUUUUCUCCUCCUCCUCCUCCUCCUCUUCUUCCAGGCUUGCGAGAAACAAGACAAACUAAAGCGGGGUGAAGUAGUUGCCUUAGUGGGCGGAAAACUAGCGACAGGGCAUUUUUUUUACACCGACUCCACCCGAGCUGACGGUUUCUGCCGUUCAACUUUUGCCGGUUGUCAUCGAAGAAACGGGGGAAGAAAUGGCAGCAGGAGGGAGAAGUGGUCGCACUGUCACGAUGGAAGAGGAUAUUGAAAAUUGAGAAUCUGCCAGAAUCACAAGUUAACUCCAGGAUGAAUUCUGCCCCUCCUCAUGUUUCAUCCACCCUCACCUUCAUUGACACUGUGUUGUGUCCUUAUAACUUUAGUAACUGCACAGUGAGCCAACAAGGUGCGACUCCACAUCUCUGAUCAUGCACUUGUGAUGUUACACAGGCUGCCCAUCCCGUAUCCCAUUCCUAUUGUCUGUAACAAGGACAAGUCUUUCUAUUCAGACCCUGUCCUCCUGACCCCCCUCCCUCUCUUUGAGUUUCUGGGCCAUGCUCCGCAAGAGAGGCUCCCUCAUUCUUUGUGGUACGUUCCUGUUUAUCACCUGGAACGCCAUACUGGUGCUUCUGCUGUGGGGCAGACCUCCACCUGGGCAGCCGGGUGAGCCUGGCCAAGAGCAGGGGGAAGAGGCUCAAAAUCCUCCUAAUGAUGUGGUGGGAGAUGUGCUCCGAAUGGCAGACACAUUCGAAGCAGAGCUUGAACUGCAGAAAGAAAUCCUGAUCCAGAUCCAGAGUCACCAGUCACUGUGGGAGCCAUCAAACAGAAACAAACCGAAGCUCAAGGUCCCCCAUGAGCCUGUCAUUCCUAUCCUGGUUAUCGCCUGUAACCGGGUCACUGUGAGGCGCUGCCUGGACAAACUCCUGCAGCACCGUCCUUCAGCAGAGCUUUACCCAAUCAUAGUGAGUCAGGACUGUGGACACGCCGAAACUGCUGAGGUGAUCCGUUCUUAUGGAAAUCAAGUAACUCACCUGAAACAGCCGGACCUGUCGGACAUCGCUGUGCGGCCAGAGCACAAGAAGUUUCAGGGUUACUACAAAAUCUCCAGGCAUUACCACUGGGCUCUCAACCAAGUGCUCAAGACCCUUUCUCACUCCUCUGUUGUGAUUGUAGAGGAUGACUUGGAGGUGGCGCCAGACUUCUUUGAGUACUUCCGAGCCUCGCUGUCACUCCUGAAAUCCGACCCCAGUCUCUGGUGUGUGUCAGCCUGGAAUGACAAUGGCAGGGAUGGCUAUGUGGAUCCUGGCAAGGCUAACCUGCUCUACCGGACAGACUUCUUUCCUGGUCUAGGGUGGAUGCUACUCAGGGAGAUGUGGGAGGAGUUGGAGCCAAAGUGGCCUGCUUCGUUCUGGGACGACUGGAUGCGUCAGCCAGAGCAGCGCCGCAACCGUGCCUGUAUCCGCCCAGAGAUCUCACGGACUUUAACGUUUGGCCGGCAAGGUGUGAGUCUGGGUCAAUUUUAUGACAAGUACUUGCGUUAUAUUAAACUGAAUACCGAAUUUGUGCCUUUCACCAAGUUAGACCUGAGUUACUUGAAGGAGGAGACGUACAGAGAAACUUUUCAGAAGGAAGUUUACAGUGCUCCCGUUGUUACAUAUGAAGAUGUUAAGCAGGGGAAGCUAAAAGGACCCGGGCCCUUCCGCCUUCAAUACUCAAGCAAGGACAGUUUCAAAGUGAUGGCCAAAAACCUGGGAAUCAUGGAUGACUUGAAGUCUGGAGUCCCAAGAACCGGAUACAGAGGAGUUGUUAGUUUCAUCUCCAGAGGAAGGAGGAUCUACUUAGCCCCUCCUCCAGGAUGGACCCAGUAUGAUCCGACCUGGAGCUGAUAAUCCAGGAGAAAGCCUAUGUACACUAGCCUUUUUGUAAUCUCUAAAUAUCAACUGGGGAGAGCAUUCCAGACCAAAGAGUGAUGUCCUUAAACUUUCUCUUGGAUCGAAUGAUAUGUACUCUAGUUCAUUGUCUUUGAUAAUGCAGAAUGGAUUGUCCCUCUUUCUGGUGUAGGGAUCUUUGCCAAUACUACUCAGGUCUUUUUCAUUAUUCCAAAACUUUUCUUAAAGUGUAGGAUGCAGCCUAAACAGAUUGUUAGACAAAACUGCUGUAAUUCACCAGAGAUCUAUUUUUAUAUUAUGCUAAUUGUGCACAUGACAUUCAUUUAUGCAUUCAAUGCAAUUACCUAAUUUGCCACUUUUGAUUAAAUUAUUUGCAAUUUCUGGUAGCCUAUAUGAACUGUUUAUGUCUGGUAUAAAUAUGAAAUCAUAAUCUGUGGUAUGGUUGCUUAUGGUGUUGGUCACAACUGCAGUAUAACCUGUCAUUUGAUUCUUGUUUUUGUGGUUCAUUAAAAUCAGUUUUUCCUGUCAAAUGAUUCUUCAGUGUUGUAAUCCUUGCAGUUUUGUUACCUUACAAACUGCAACAUUUAUGUGUUUGUAUAUUUUUGGAAUAAAAAA